AUGGUCAAGCACGAACGAACUCACUUGCGUAACUUGCUUCUGACAAAUGUGCGUCAGGAGCCUCGAGUACGCGAGCUGGGGCCUGUCCCCAAGCUCUUCGACCUUCUUGUUCUGAUCGACCGAGCAUUCCAACCAAGGAAUGCCUUGCGAACCUUAGACGACAUCCAAGCCACACUUAUCUCCGGAGUACGGGUCCGCACGGCAAUGCUACGAUUGCUCACCAUUCACCAUCUUGUACAUCGAGCGCCCGGGGACACCCGGUCACAAUGGGACCUGAUCGAUGACCACUUAGAAGCAAUCAGGGAAAAGUCGCAUAUUGAAUUGCAAGCGCAUUCUAUUCUCAUCUUGCGAAGGGAUCGAGAACUGUUCCCUGGGGAUAUCAUGUUUUCAGAUGUCCCCUUAGAGAUGAUCCGAUUGCCCAACGCACUCGAGAGCGACAUCGAAGUCCGAGCUAUUGUUGCAGAGCUGGGGCCCGAGCCUUCCAAUGAAGCACUAGGCAACCUCCUGGAGAGAGAGAUUGCGCUUGCCGCAUAG